GUCGUUAUAGUGGCAUCCAUCAGAUCCUCGUACCUGGCUACAGUCUGCAUCCGUUUAAAGUCAGUUGGACAACGGUGAUGCGCCGCAAGGAUGGAAGUGUGGAUUUCUAUCGCUUCUGGGAUGACUAUAAGAACGGCUUUGGUAAUUUAAAUGGCGAGUUCUUCAUAGGACUCGACAAGCUCCAUUUCAUUACCAAAGCUGUGGAUCAGGAAUUACUAAUAACAAUGGAGGACUUAAAUGGACGACAUAGGUUUGCAAAGUAUGAUCGAUUUGCAAUCGAUGGAGAAAUGCAAUCAUACAAGCAGAUCACAUUGGGCACUUACUCCGGAGGUGCUGGUGAAUCCAUGCGAAUACAUGCGGGUAAAAAGUUCACAACCAGGGAUCGGGACUAUGAUACACAUGACGACAAUUGUGCUGAAAUGUUUACGGGUGCCUGGUGGUAUGAUGCCUGCCACGACAGCAAUCUGUUUGGAAAAUAUAUUCCGCAAAACUGUCGUGACAUUAGUUGGCUUAUGUUUACGGGUUACUCAUCCUACCUAAAGCGUGUCCAGAUGAUGAUAAGACCGAGGAGGGCUGAACACAGUAGCUGAAUACAUUUUCAAAACAAUUGUUUCCUUUAAUCUUUCAAAUGUAGCCGAAGCGAGCAGAGCAGUGAAAGUCAUUAGCCAAGAAUAUAUUUUUAGACUA